AUGGACCUAACAAGCCUCCGCAACCCCAGUUCGCACAUGAGAGUUGCGAAGGCCAUGCCCGUUGUGCGGGAACCAGUUCUGCGAAAAAUUCGAAAAUAUAGUCGAAAUAUGAGUCUGAAUCUCGAACCCCGGCAGAACCGCGAAGCGGUGAUGUUUCAAUGCGUCGGUCCUGUUGCGGAGGUUCCGUGCAAGUGCUGCGCCAACAAUCGCGGGCCAUUCGCCGAGUGUGUACAGUCGGACGACUUUUGGCGAAAAGAAUGUGCGAAUUGUCAUUUCAAUAGCAAUGGGUUCCGGUGUGAGUAUCAUGUUAAUAAUCGCGAAGAUAAAGCCGGGAAGCGAGAGAAGAGUGUUAGGAUUGCGCAUAUGAGGGGGAGGAGGGAUAAUGAGCAGGGGGCUAGUGAGAGGAAAGGUCCGUCGGGGAAUAAGUCCAGCAGCAAGAAGCGAAAUGCAAGCGGCCAGAAGGAACAGCAAGUCGUCCAGCAGUCGUCAGUUGAUGUCCAGCAGGCCGAGCGAAUCUAUCGCCUGAUGAACACGGCCGGUGCUUCGUUUGAGGCGGCUGCUGUAGGACUGUCGACAGUGGGGCAGACUUUGAUGAUGGUAGCCGGCUUGUACGCAGAGGAUGCCGGUUUUGUGGGUGACUAUGGAGUGCAGGAAGAGGCGAAGGGCAAGAAGCGCAAGAAGCGUGAGGGUGACAAGUCCGGCCUUAAGGAGAAGAAGAAGAAGGGAAAGAAAGGAAAGAAGGAUCAUCAGAAUAAGAAGCAGCGCCGUAAGUAAAGCCGGUAGCAUAAUGUAACAUAACCCCGUUUCCCAUAUCCCAUAAUAAACCAAAAAAAAAGUAUCCGACCAAUCUAUCCUAUCAUAUAAAACCGUAAUUUGUGCAAAGGCCUUUUACUGUAGAGGCUCAAUUCCACCGAAAGUCACACUCUUGAUCGUCAAGAACUCAUCGAUACCGUACUUGCUUCCCUCCCGACCGAAGCCGCUCUGCUUGACACCGCCGAAUCUGUGUAGCUUGUUAGUACUAAAACUUGAGUAGGUCUAAGUUGGAGGAGAGAGUACGUACGGAGAAGCAACGUCACUGAUAAGACCCGUGUUGACACCAACCAUACCGACUUCCAGAGCCUCCGCAACGCGGAAAAUGCGCUUGACGUUACCACUGAAGAAGUAUCCGGCCAG